UGUGCCUGUGUACAUGAAAGUGACGCGUUUGUUGAUUGUUGAUGGUUUGGUGUUUUUACCUGAACAAGUAGUGAAUAGAGAAUAUUCAGAGUGGAAAUAUAGUUCCUGAGUUUUUCUAGACAAACAAUUGUCCGACGAUGCCACCCAACAGAAGACCGAUGAGAUAUGCUCACGCUGAUGGCCACACAGACGUCUGCUAUUCUCAGGAUGGCAAAUACAUUCUGACUUGUGGAAGUGACGGCGAUGUUCGUAUAUGGGCGGGACUUGAAGACGAUGACUCGACGUCACAGUGUGUUGGUGAGAAAGCCUUGGCUGUCACACAGAAGGGCAGCUAUUUUUAUGUUGGGACAGACAAUAAUAAUGUUCAGGCAUAUACCUUCCCAGAUGCGAACAGAGACCAGAUUGUUACAAGAUUUUCUGCUCCUGUGACUCAUGUUGCUGUUAGUGAAAAUGGGAAGAAAGUCUUUUCUGGGUCAUUUGACACGGAGAUACACAUCACAGAUUUGGACACGUCUCAGUCACAAGUAUUGAGUGGGCACACUGCACCUGUUCUCUCUGUUGCAGUCGACCCUGCAGAAAAAUAUUUGGUAUCUUCAAGCUGUGAUGGAACAGCAAGAGUGUGGUCCCUGGACACACUAGAGACAGAGUACACGUGGCAGUGUAUUCCGGUGAGCAAUUCUUUCUACACAACAGAGGUACUCUGUCGGCCAUCUUGGCAGCCUACCUCAGGCCGUUAUUUGGCCUUACCUGAGGAUCGUAAUGUACGACUGUAUGAGCGUGCAUCCUGGCGAAAGGUGGCGUCAUUGGGAGAUGAGAAAGCAAGAAAGGCUUUUUCAAUCUGCGCUUUCUCACCUUGUGGCCAGUAUAUCGCAGGAGCUACAACAGGUGGUGACAUAUGUAUCUGGAAUGUCAAUAGUCAGUCCAAAGUUGUAAUAGUGCAGCAUGAUCAGACUGUGUGCAUAUGUGGACUGGUGUGGAACCCUUUGAGCAAUGGAGAAAUAGCCUACUGUGAUUUCACUGGUCAGCUGGGCACAGUGGAGGACUGCCUACCAGUGGAAGAAGCUAAGGUUACAGAAAUUGUUAAUGGUAUACCUGCUAUUGACAGGGUAUUUGAAAAUGAAGAAGAUGAUGAUGCAGAGAACGUAUUCUCUCUUGAGAAGAUAAAAGCAUCUGUUGCUGCACCAACACAAGAAGGCAGUACUCUAGGAGAUGAGUUAGAUAUACCUGAUGCUUUAGAUGAUGAAGAUGAUAUCGAGAGCAAGAAAAGUACUCUUGCGAAGGCUGAUCUGCUAGAUGUUGUUUGUGAAGUUCAAGCACCUUUCCAACCGUCGUCAUCUCCAGUCCAUCUUCAGCAUAGAUAUAUGGUAUGGAACUCUGUUGGUAUUGUUCGUUGCCAUGACACAGAAGAAGAAAAUUCAAUUGAUGUGGAGUUCCAUGAUACAUCAGUUCACCAUUCAAUACACAUGCCCAACUUCCUGAAGCACACACUUGCAGCCUUGACUGAAGAAAUUCUUGUACUAGCUUGUGAAGCUCAGGAAGAAUCCAGCAGCAAGGUGGUGUGCGUAUUGCUAUCUUCGUGGGAUGGAUCUCGAGAGUGGACAGUUGAGAUGCCUGGUGGGGAGGAAGUGCUGGCUGUUGCUGCAGGACAAGGCUGGCUGGCGGCCGCUACUGACAUUCGCAACCUGAGGCUUUUCACAUCAGCUGGCACACAGAGGGAGGUGGUGUCACUGCCAGGUCCUGUGGUGUGCCUUGCUGGAAGGCAGAAGCAACUGAUGGUUGUCUGUCAUGGAGGAGCUGGAUUGAUAUUUUCAUUGAUAGCUGUGAGGGAUAAUGUUGUAACAACAGUCUCUGCAUAUGAACAGCUGCCACUUGCUCCAAAGGCACAGCUGCACUGGGUAGGUUUCACUGAUGAAGGUACACCCUGCACCACAGAUUCAGCUGGAGUUGUACGUUUCCUUUCUCGUAAAGGAUAUUGGAGUCCUGUUUGUGAUACAUCUUCCCAGACUAGUGGCAAGUCAGACCAUUACUUUGUGCUGGGUGUGAGUGAACGGUACCAGAACGUGAGAUGUGUGCUGUGUAAGGGAGCCAGGUACCCGCCCACUGUGCCAAGGCCAGCUGUUGUGGAACUGUCCUUAAAGAUCCCACUCUGUGAAGAAGCAACUGAAAAGGCUGGACUAGAAGAAAAAUUUUGGCGAUCUCAGCUACUUUUGGGUGGUGUGGAAGCCUUAAGUAGAACUGACGACAACUACUUGAAUGAAAAAGAUGCAAUUGAAACUACUAUAAAGGAGACCAUCAUCAAGUUAUUUGCUCUUGCCUGCAAGAGUGGUUUGGAACAACGAGCAGCUGAACUUGGAGCAUUGAUGCCGUCUCAGCAAGUUCUUCAGUUAGCUAUGAAAUAUGCUACCAAAGUGGGCAAGCAUCAUCUUGCUGAUCGCCUUUCUGAGGAUGCUGCUAAACGUGAACGUGAGCGCCUCACACCGGAGAUUACUGCCAUCAUGUCGGGGAGUGGUGCAUCUCACAAGAGGUAUGUCUUGGAGUCUUCAGAGAGCCAGAAUGGAUGGUCUAGCUCAAAUGGGGAUGCUGUUACAGAUGAUUACGAUCCAUUCGCAAGCACACCAACAAAUAAUGCCAUGCCUGAACAUGGAAACCUUCUGCUGGCUGCUAAGCAAAGAAAGAAUAGUGUGCCUGAAAUCCGGCCAACAUUGUCUCUGAGCCAACGGAAACACAACCCAUUCAGAAAAAAUGCUGAACGACAAGAAAUUGGCAAGGGCUUAGAGAAUAUGAAUAAUGCUUUCCUUGAAAAGCAAAAUUCCAAGAACAAACAAAAUUCCACAGAAACAGCACAACCAACUGUGAAGACAAAACAAACAAAAUUGAUGAGCAAGCCUUCAAAUGCCCAAGAACCUGCUAGGAAGAGUCCACUUCCUUUCGUCCAGUGGUUCGAGAAGGAAAGGCCAGCAAUGCAGGAAGAGUUUCCGGAUAUGAAUUCCUCCGAGUUGACGAGAGAGGCUAUGAAGCGAUACAAAGAAGUGAGACAGAAACAAAAAGAACAACAACAAGAACAGAAUGGUGAAUGUGUGCAGAAGUUAGGUUCCUUUGAGAACUGGUUUGAGGAAGAGAAGAGUAAUUUGCAGAAGGAAUUUCCAGGUGUGACACAACAAGAGUUAGCAACUGAGGGUCUUAAAAGAUAUCGAGACCUACUGCAGAAGAAGAGGAGGGAAGAAAAAGAAAAGGAGGCAGCUAGCAAGUCUGACUACUCUGAAAGUGCAGAAGUCGGAAGUGAAAGUAAAAAGAGAAAGGCCCAGGAGGAGGCAGGAUCACAAGACAAAGUGGCAAAAAUACUAUCAUCAGACAUUGCACAGUUUGCUUUCAAGAAGUCAUAAUGGUUUCUCAUAGCAGAUUUUUUUAAUCAUUGUGUAUAUAUCUUGAAAUGUCCUUGUAUCAGGGAUGUUUACUGCCUGCUCUUUCGACACUGUUGAAUCAACAGAUUUUUCAUAUUUCACUUGAAAAGAGGACAUUGAUGAACUUUUGUACCAAGAUAUUUUUUAUGUGGAGAAAGAAUGAAAGUGACAUUUGAGAAAAUUAAUUGUAGUUUCUAUCAUGAGAACAAAAAUGCUUAACAGUAUGGCAAUAUAAUGUGUCUUUAGUAAUAUUGUGGACAGUUUUAUCCCCAGUAUCAUGAAAUUUAAAGUUGCUUUAAAGAACAGAUUUAUGUCUCUAGAAAAUUAAAAUUUUAAGAGUUAAAUAUGGGAGACUGGCGCUUCCUUAUAAUGCUUCACAGCACUUGACUGAUCUUCACAAGACAUACUGGAUGACAGUGAGCACCGUGCAACAAUGAAGGGUUCUAGUCAUUCCUUCACAUUUUGUGUUGUAUAGGAAAUUUUAAUGUAACUAUUAAUAUAGUCUGACUUUCUUUGUGUCUUUAUAAGAAAUUAUAUUAAUAGCACAUUUGUACUGUUGGGAAUGUUAUCAAUAAAGGUGAAAGUAGAUAAAAAAAUUAGUAGCCCUCAGGGAAUAAUCUACUGCAGGAAAGCCCAAGGUUCUAUUUUCAGAAUGUGCACCUUAUAAAUUUAUAUAAAUGGUCACAUAAGUAUUUUACUUCUCUAAUGUUGGAAAAUACAGGAUGAAAUAAUGUCAAUAUUAUGAAAAGGAUAGUUGCUACUCUCGCCGUAUAGCAGAGAUGCUAGUCACAGAUGGACACAACAAAAAGACUGUCAGAAUGUAAGCUUUCGUCGGCCAACAAGGCUUCAUUGCGUGCGCCCGCCCACACACACACACACACACACACACACACACACACACACACACAGAGUGUGUGUGUGUGUGUGUGUGUGUGUGUGUGUGUGUGUUUUACCGAUGAAGGCCUUGUUGGCUGAAAGCUUACUUUCUUACAGUUCUUUUUUUAGUUUAAUUUUAUAUUAUUUUUUAUUUUUUUAAUCUAGCAUAUCCACUAUAUGAUGAGUGGCAACUAUCCUUUUCAUAAUAUUGACACUACUUGUCUGACAUGUUACAUAAAGAAUUUUGAACACCAAUUUCCAUCACAAGUGCCUGCAGUGCAACAUUUCAUCACCUACCAAAUUCAAGUGAAUACAAAUCACCUGUCUGAUGGAGGAGAUCUCAGUCAUUUACUGUAUGCAUCGAGCAAAAUGACAUAUCUGAGUUAAAAGAUGAUAAAGUAUGCAAAGAAUUUUGGUCACCUGUGAAACAUGGAGUAUACAGUAAUGCCAAAUUCCACCAAACUUAAUAUGGAGUGGUAAUUUAAAAGACAUGGAGAGAAGAAAAGUUUUAUCUUUUGUACUUGUUGGCUGUAAAUAUGGAAUGUAAUUGUCAAACUUAUUAUUUACUGAUUAGGUUACAGUGGUUCUUAAUUUAUGACACCCACUUUUGUAGUGCCUUGUUUUAAUGUAACACCCUGAAAAAAUUAGUUAGUGUUGCAUUCAACAUCUCAAAAUGAUUAAUAAAUUGUGUUUUGAGAAAAAAUUUCUUUUAAUAUAAUUUUUAAUUUUAGAAGUAGGAAAUUGAAUUCUCUUGUAUGCAAACCGUGAUAAACAUAUUAAUGUGAAGCAUCAAUAAGCUGUACUUACACGAAUUUAAUCUAUGGUGUGCUCCGGCUUUCUUUUCAGAGAAUAGCAGUCAUUUAAAAAAUAUCAGUAAUACCCUGCCACAUGCAUCUUCCAAAACUGAAUACAAAAUCUCUCAGUAGUUGGACCUUUUUUCCCUACUUGAGAGGUUUGAGCUAUUUUCUUUUUAUAUCCACCAAAAGUUUUUGUGGCAAAAUGUGUUCUUGUUCUCCAAGUAACAUGCAAAAAAAGUAGUUUGAUGCUACAGUGCAAGAAUGUGAUUUUAAUCUGUCGCAUCUCACUGUGAAAGCUUUACAGUUACUGUUAUUCCUAGUGUUACAUCACACUGUAUGCCUUUGUGCGUGAUCGUAACAAUGUAGUAGCAGUGCAGUAAAGAAGUUGCUGACAAUAUCUUAUUUCAAAAUUUCUGUGAAAAUGUCAUAAUAAUAUGCAACAGUAUCUGUGACUGUCGCCAUUUGGUACUAUACUGCAUUUAAAUUGAAAGAUAAAAUAGAAGUGACUAACAGUAUUUCAUAUAUUGUAAAACGUCUGUGCCCACAUUAGCAACAUUUUGUAGUCACUUGAGAAACAAAAUUUGAAUUGUUGUUAUGAACUUUGACAAAACGUUACAUUAUGUGGUUGUAAAGAAUGU